AUGCAUAAUUCUUCGAUUACAACCACGCAGGAACCCGGUCCUGUUUAUGACCUUGUACCCCAGUUGAGUUGUAGGUUUCACGGCCUGCGCUCCGAGGGCCCCUCCGCCCUUUUAUCUAGUUUCCUCUACUUUGAUGGCCCCAGAAACCCCAAGGUCACUGCUUCUCUCAGCUUGAGUAGCAGAGGCGGCCGUUCCAGCAGCAUUCGCACAUUUGUUACCGAGUUCAAUAGAGCUAUUAAGUUCCACUGUCACAAAUUCCCUAUUGGCUUCGCUUCUCUUGGGUUUGGUGGUGGGGAUAGCAAUGGCGCCGGCGCAGGAGGGGACGACAGUAUUAAUGGCCUGAGGGAUAAUGGCUGCGCUCUUAGUGAUAAUGGAGUAGCCUCCAACGAUGCCGUGGCAGGCAACUCCAAGAAGGUGCUGAUUUUGAUGAGUGACACCGGUGGCGGUCAUCGAGCUUCUGCAGAAGCUAUUAAGGCAGCCUUCAAUCAAGAAUAUGGAGAUGAAUAUCAGGUGUUUGUUACAGACUUAUGGUCGGAUCAUACGCCUUGGCCAUUUAAUCAACUUCCCCGGAGCUAUAAUUUCUUGGUGAAACACGGACCAUUAUGGAAAAUGACAUAUUAUGGAACUGCUCCACGCCUGGUGCAUCAAUCCAAUUUUGCUGCCACUUCUACAUUUAUAGCUCGGGAGGUUGCCAAAGGGCUAAUGAAAUACCAGCCAGAUAUUAUUAUCAGUGUGCAUCCCCUGAUGCAACAUGUACCACUUCGUGUACUGAGGCAAAAGGGUCUGUUGGAGAAGAUAGUUUUUACUACAGUUAUCACGGAUUUAAGCACUUGUCAUCCUACAUGGUUUCAUAAGCUUGUAACUAGAUGUUAUUGUCCGACAUCUGAGGUUGCGAAUAGGGCAUCAAAAGCUGGGCUCAAGCCUUCGCAAAUCAGAGUUUAUGGCCUCCCCGUGCGGCCUUCUUUUGUUAAGCCUGUCCGACCAAAGGCUGAACUUCGGAGAGAAUUAGGUAUGGAAGAGCAUCUUCCUGCUGUGUUGCUAAUGGGAGGAGGAGAAGGGAUGGGUCCUAUUGAGGCAACAGCUCGAGCACUUGGGGAUGCAUUAUAUGAUGAGAAUUUAGGUGAGCCUAUGGGUCAGGUCCUUGUGGUAUGUGGCCGCAACAAAAAGCUUGCAGAAAAGUUGCGUGCAAUCAAUUGGAAGGUUCCUGUCCAGGUGAAGGGAUUUGUAUCUAAAAUGGAGGAAUGCAUGGGAGCUUGUGAUUGCAUAAUUACAAAGGCGGGCCCAGGGACAAUUGCAGAAGCAAUGAUAAGAGGCUUGCCAAUUAUUCUGAAUGAUUACAUUGCCGGGCAGGAAGUUGGAAAUGUCCCAUAUGUUGUCGAUAACGGGUGUGGGAAAUAUUCUAAAUCUCCAAAAGAGAUAGCAAGGAUUGUUUCCGAGUGGUUUGGUCCAAAAGCUGAUGAGCUCCAGGCCAUGUCGCAAAACGCAUUGAAGCUGUCAAGGCCUGAUUCUGUGUUCAAGAUUGUUCAUGAUAUGCAUGAGCUUGUUCGACAACGAAGCUGUGUACCCCAGUAUUCCUAGACCCCCUCCCGACCAAUUUUGUCAUUAGGCUUGUAAUGUUGCAAAAAUUAUUAUAUACGCUGAUUCUUCCCUCGUGUAAUUUUUACAUGCUUCUGCUCGAAUAAUGAAAAGAUGUUGCCCUAUCGUAGUUAGCUUUUCAAUAUGCAAUUGCUUUGUUUAUAUGAACUCUGGUAGAAGGUAGUGCAUCUCGGAGAAGCAGGUCUUUUAUGGCUUGAACUGAUCGGCCUGGAGAAUCAUGAAGACAUGUGUAC